AUGAGGGAAUUCCCGUCUUGCUUCGGGGAGAGCGGAGUGCAGGUGGCCGACUCCUCCGGCGGCGGCGCCACCGGCAAGCACGGCCAGAACCUGGUCACCUGCGUCUACCGGACGCCCCCCGCGGGCCGCCGGCGGCGGCCCUGUUCCAUCACCGUCGCCUGGAGCAAGACGAUGACGGGGAGGAGCUUCAGCCUGCAGAUCGAGGAUACCGCCGCCGGCGACUGUCUCUGGAAGAUCGACAUCAAACCCUGGCUCUUCUCCGGGAAGAAGGGCUCCAAGAGUACGGCGGCGGAGGACGGUAAGAUCGAGCUCUUCUGGGACCUCUCCGCCGCCAAGUUCGCCGGCGGCGGGCCGGAGCCGCUGUCGGGGUUCUACCUCGCCGUCGUGUUCGACGCGGAGAUGGCGCUGCUGCUCGGCGACCGGAACAAGGAGGCCUACCGGAGGACCGGCGGCGCCACCCCCACCAGCGGUGCCGCCGCCUGCGUCUGGAAGAAGGAGCACCUCUUCGGGAAGAGGGUCUUCUCCACCGCCGCCCGCUUCUCGGCGGCGGGGCAGCCCCACGAGAUCGCCAUCGAGUGCGACGCAGCGGCGGCGCAGCCGCCUGUGGGGGGGCCGUCGCUGGAGAUCAGAAUCGACCGCCGGAGGGCGGUGGAGGUGAAGAGGCUGGCCUGGAAGUUCAGAGGGAACCAGACAAUCCUCGUCGAUGGCGUCCCCGUGGAGGUCUUCUGGGAUGUCCACCGGUGGCUCUUCGGAGGGGGCGCUCCGGCCAACGCCGUCUUCAUGUUCCAAUCCUCCACCGCCGGUGCCGCAGAGAAGCCCUCGCCGUUGCCGGAGAAGAAGCCCCGCGCCGCCGCUUUUUCUCUGGUCCUCCAUGCUUGGAGGACCGAGUAG